AUGGAUAAAAAAUCAGCAAUAAAGCGACACCACUCGCCAGAUGUUUUAGGAGAUUCAGAACGACCACCGUCUUCCUCCAUUCUUUAUCCUAAAGUAGAACAUUUUAUUGGUUUCAUAUCCGUCGAAAAAACCACAGCUGAAAGUUUGACUAAUUAUAUAAUCAAAGAAUUAGAACAUUUAGGUAUAUCAUUCCAAAACUGCAGAGGCCAAGGAUAUGAUAAUGGUGCCAACAUGCGUGGUGAAAAAAGUGGAGAUGCAGCAUCGUCUUGUGUCAAAUGUAUGUAUAUAAUAUGUUUGCUACAAAGGUUGUACACUCUGUUCGCCGGCUCAAGUCAGAGGUGGGCUAUUUUAAAUGCUCAUGUAAAAUCCUUAUCGCUAAAACCACUUUCUGAAACAAGAUGGGAGUGUAGGGUAGCAUCGGUAAAGGCCGUUAAAUACCAACUAAGCGAUAUUUGUGAUGCUUUAAAGGAUUUAGCAGAAAAUACAACACAUUGUCAGUUGGUCAGUGAAUGUCAUUCUAUAGAAAAGGAAAUAACUACCUACGAAUUUGUAGUUUCACUUGUCAUAUGGUAUGACAUUCUUACGAAGAUAAAUGUUUUUAGUAAAAUGUGGCAAAACGAAAACAUGCACUUAGAUGCGGCUAUACAACACCUAGACGCAUUCACAAAUUGGCUUGAUAAUAAUCGAGAAAAUGGUUUUCAGUCAUCCCUCGUUACAGCGAGAGAAAUAGCCGAGGAAAAUGAUAUUGACAGACAGUUUAAAGAAGUCCGAAGACGACGUGAAAAAAGGCAUUUUGAUUAUGAAGGAGAAGAUGAAGAUCAUGAAUUUAACGCGGAAGAGAUUUUCGAAAUAAAUUAUUUUUAUGUUAUUGUCGACAAUAUGCGCGCAAGCUGCCAUCCUAGGUUUGAGGCACUUAAGCAUCAUGAAACCAUAUUUGGAUUUCUGUAUAAUAUAAAAAGAUUAAAGGAAAUAAGUGAUAGUGAACUUUUGAAGCAAUGUAGUGACUUGCAAAUAUCUCUGACAGUAGGAGAAUCAUGUGAUAUUAAUGGACAUGAAUUGUACGAAGAACUGAAUAUGUUUAUCUGUGUGUAUGAAGGAAACGAGGACAUUAUCUCGGUGCUGAAAUACAUAAUAGAAAAAAAAUUAACUGAAGUUUACCCCACUAUCGAAAUAGUUCUGAGAAUCAUUGCCACUACACCUGUUACGGUUGCGUCUACUGAAAGGAUUUUUUCGAGGCUUAAAAUUACAUAA